AGGAUGGGCAACUGCACUGGAAUUUGUGGUAAGGAUAUGGUAGCACAAACAAUUGAGGAUAAGAAAUAAAAGUUAGAUAUGGAGGAAUAGUAAUAAAUGGAGAUAGCUUUGGCUGUUGAAGAUGUGCCAUAAGAUGAUGCCCAAUAGCAAGCUUAACCAAAAGAAGAAAAUUUAGAUGAAUUAAAGUAGGAACAGUAGCAUGAUGACAAAUAAAAGCAGGAGUCCUAUCAUGAAAAAGUUAAACAAGUAGAAAGCAACGAAGCUUCAGUUAAUCCUCAUAAAGAUAGUUAAAAUAAUCAACAGCCGGUUCCUGAUGAAUAAAAAGAGUAUGAACCAGUAACUUUAGAGACAGGUAAUUUCUAUGAAUUAUUUAAAAAGGUGCCACAUAUGCUGGUUAAUGGAGAGGAAAAAUGAGAUGGGGUUGGGGAAAAUAAGUUUGGCCAGAUGGUAAUUAUAAUUUUCAUUUAUUUAGGGUCUGUAUAUGAAGGAUAUUGGUAAAAUGAUAAGGCAUGUGGUAAAGGUAAAUUAAUACAUGCUGAUGGAGAUGUAUAUGAAGGUGAAUGGCUCAAUGACAAAGCAAAUGGAGAAGGAAAAUACAUUCAUAAUAAUGGAGCUCAAUAUGUAGGAUUUUGGAAGGAUGAUAAAUAACAUGGUAAUGGUAAGGAGACUUGGCCCGAUGGAGCACAUUAUGAAGGGUAGUAUGAAGAAGGAAAGAAACAUGGAAAAGGAAAAUUAGUAUUUGCUGACGGUUCUAUGUAUGAAGGAUAGUUUGAUAAUAAUGAUAUACAUGGAUAUGGUGUCUAUAUUUGGGCUGACAAUAGAAAAUAUUAAGGAGAGUGGAAGAGAAAUAAAAUGCAUGGUAGAGGAACAACAACUUGGCCUGAUGGACGUAGUUAUGAGGGAGAGUAAUAAUUAUUUUAAUAUUAAUCAGUUAUGAAGAUGAUAAAAAACAUGGAUAGGGAACAUUUAUUUGGAGUGAUGGUAGAAAAUAUAUAGGAGAAUGGAAAAAAGGUAAAUAACAUGGAAAGGGAAUCUUUGUUAAACCAGGAGGAGAGUAAAGAGAAGGUGAAUGGAUUGAUGGUAGAAGAUAAAGAUGGUUAGAUGAAGCUGCUGGGGAUGGACAUAAUGCUAAUAAUUGA